AUGGUGGACGAGGUAGACUCGCAACAAACCACAAAUACUGUAGAAGAGUCCUUGGAUCUCAUCAGACUCGGUCUUGAUGAACAAAUUUAUGUAAAAAUGAGAAAUGACCGAGAACUUCGAGGCAGAUUACAUGCUUAUGACUGCGGUGAUGUUGAGGAGACUGUGACAACAAUAGAAAUUGAUGAAGAAACCUAUGAAGAGGUUUAUAAAUCUACCAAAAGGAAUAUUCCGAUGCUGUUUGCCCAAGGAGAUGGAGUUGUACUUGUAGCUCCUCCACUGAGGGUUGGCUGAAACCGUGAAAAAAAAUGGUCAUCGUUUCAAAAACGUUGGACCUCUGGACACUGUCUUCUGAUGCCCUUAAAUAUUAAGAUUCUGCCCUUAAUUCUGAAAGACCAUCCAAACCUGAUUGUUGUGAUGGCGUAAGAUCAUUUGGCAUAUAAGUUGAUAUAAGGUUAUUAUUUUUCUAAAAUAACUUAAAUGCAGGUGUCUUUAUGUAUCAAAUCGGUGGAUGUAACAAUUUUAGUUGCGCUUGUGGGCGCUGAUCUUU